UUGCAAAUUACAGAAGUCUUCCCGAGAAUAGGUUAACUCUCCCUGGUGGCGAGCGUUGGUGGCCCUUCGCUUUUUCCUGCAUCUUUCGCUGUGAAUGUCUCCAGUUCCGCAUCUGCAGCGGAGGUAGGGCAGGAGCUUCAGCCUUUUUGCCACCACGGGCGCUCUCUGGGCGGGGAAUACGAGGAGGAAACAGCUGCAGCGAGCAGAGCUGGAAGCGGACGUGUCCCAGGGCUUGGCCGGUUGCAGAAGGAACAAAAAAACCCGCAGCAAGGUUGACAAAUCGUGGCGGGGGAAGCACAGGAUGGCUGCCGACGCGCCCCCCAUCCUUUCGCUCCAGCUGGUGGAAGAACCGAGAUUGCUGAAGCUCAAAAAGAUGUUCAUAUCUAAAUUUAAAACAGCACCAAAAUUUUAUGUUCGAGCACCAGGCCGAGUCAACUUAAUAGGUGAACAUAUAGAUUACUGUGGAUAUGCUGUACUCCCGAUGGCCAUAGAUCAAGAUAUACUUAUAGCAGCUGAACCUCUAAGCAGCCCAAUCCUCCAUUUGGCUAAUACAGAUUCCUCAUACUCGGAUUUCAGUACAGAUGCCAACGACAUCCAGAUAAAGCAAACAAAACCUUUAUGGCACAACUAUUUUCUCUGUGGGUUCAAAGGAGUACAGGAUCACUUCAGUCUGAGGAACCCAAGCGGAAUUAACUGCCUGGUGGAAGGCACAAUUCCUCCAAGUUCCGGUUUAUCCAGCUCCAGCGCUUUGGUCUGCUGUGCGGGACUCGUGACUCUCAUGGCCAAUGGCAAGACCCUUUCAAAGGUGGAACUGGCUGAUCUGUGCAGCAAGAGCGAACGUUACAUUGGCACCGAAGGAGGCGGCAUGGACCAGUCCAUCUGUUUCCUGGCAGAAAAAGGAACCGCAAAGCUGAUAGAAUUUCAUCCUCUGAAGGCAACUGACGUGAAGCUUCCCGGAGGAGCCGUUUUUGUGAUCGCAAACAGUUGCGUUAAAAUGAACAAGGCCGCGACGUCUCAUUUCAAUAUUAGGGUGAUGGAGUGUCGUCUGGCGACGAAGCUUUUAGCAAAAUCCAGAGGCCUAGACUGGAGAGCGGUGACCAAACUCCAAGACGUGCAAACCAAGCUGAAGCUAAGCUUGGAGGAAAUGCUGGCUCUGGUCGAAGAGGCGUUUCACCCUGAGCCUUACAGCCUAGAGGAAAUUGGGGAAAACCUGGGAAUUAGCCCCAGCGAGCUACGCGCUCAGAUCCUCAGCCAGAACACACAGGAUGUGACUACCUUUAAGUUACACCAACGUGCUAAGCAUGUGUACGCGGAAGCUGCCAGAGUUUUGGAGUUCAAGAAAAUCUGUGUGGAAGCGCCUGACGAUGCGAUCUCAUUGCUGGGAGACCUAAUGAACCGGAGCCAUGCCAGUUGCAGAGACUUGUAUGAAUGUAGCUGCCCUGAACUAGAUCAGCUGGUGGACAUCUGUCUGCAGUUCGGAGCCGUUGGCUCACGCCUGACUGGGGCAGGAUGGGGUGGCUGUACUGUGUCAAUGGUCCCUGUGGACAAAACUGAAAGGUUCCUAGCAAAUGUGAAGGAGGCUUAUUACAGAAAUGAUGGCCAAAGGUUAGCCCUGGAAGAAAACAGCCUCUUUGCUACCAAUCCUGGCGGAGGAGCUGUAAUUGUCCUUGAAGCCUGAAGGACGCCACAUUUUCGGAGGACUUCGUACACUGCAGUAAACAAUUCAUUUUGCUGUUUUUUAUUACAUUAUAAUGGACAAUAGCAAUAGCUAUUAUUAGGGUGGGUUUCCAAACUCCCCCCCCUCUCAAAAGUGCUAUUAAUCUUUCUAAUGUAUUUUUGUUUUCUUCCUUAAAAUAUGCUUCCAACAUAAUCGUCCAAAAUGUUGAUUUCUCUCUGGCCUUGACAAUAUAAAACACAAUUUGCCAAAAUAUAUUGGUUAAAAUUAUUGAAACGAACCAGAUUGCAAUU